AUGCCACUGAAAAGCCGAGUUGAUGCAAAAAGAACAGAGUCUGAACGUUUGCAAGAAAUAGUGGUCGAUCUUUUACGAGAAGAGGAAAACAAGUACUGUGCCGACUGUGAAGCGAAACAACCUCGAUGGGCAUCCUGGAAUCUAGGAGUAUUUCUGUGCAUACGAUGUGCCGGGAUCCAUCGUAAUCUCGGUGUUCAUCUCACUAAGGUCAAGUCGGUCAAUUUGGAUUCAUGGACCCCAGAGCAGGUCCAAAGUAUGCGGGUCAUGGGCAAUAAAAUGGCACGCCGUGUUUAUGAAGCAGAGCUUCCUGAGCACUUUCGUAGACCACAAACAGAUUCUGCUCUGGAAUCAUUCAUCAGGGCAAAAUACGAGCAAAAGAGAUAUAUCCUGAAGGACUGGUCGCCGCCUCUACCUGAUGUAAAUGAUUUACCACUUCGUUCGGAUAAGAGACAAAUUUCUGAUCGCGAUAUGUGCUCAAAUGUUAGGGAAAGAAAUCACUGUGCGGAGUCAAUGGAAAAGACAAGAAACGUGACUGCGGGUUCUAGCGUGGCGAAUGCUAUUGGUAAAAAAAAGGAUGGCGCAGUUAUAGAUAUACCGCUCUUAGAUCUCAGUACUCCCAUGGUAGAUAUUAGUCAGAAUGAACUCCCACCCACACUGCCUUUUACUGUGAUGGAUAAAAAUAUGGUGAAUCUGAAUAAUAACAUCAAGGGAAUCAGAGAGAGUAAUGAAAUGGAAGAUUUCGGCCCAAUUGUUGCUGCCCCGCCUGCGAAACUGCGGUCUGAUAUUUUUGCCACGAAUGCUGUAGCGUCUUCUUCUAAUGUCAAAAGUGGUUUUAUAACUUUUGGCUCGCAAAACAAUUUAAAAGACUUAGUAUCUGUGUUAGGAUGUGGUGCCGUAGUGAAUGAGAAAAAGAGUACUUCAGAUAUCCUUGCUUUGUAUGGAACUGCAUCUAAAUUUUAUCCUCGGCCAACAAAACAGUGUCGAGUGCAACAAAUUUCUGAGGUUUCAUCCAGUGAUGACAAGGCUGACAAACUAAGGAACAUACAUUUAUCUGAUGCGUCCAGUAUCGGGUCAUUUUUCGAUCCAUCCAUUGUUCCUUUUUCUCAGCGAUCUUGUGGAUCUCAAAGCGGUUAUGCACAGUUAGCUGUAUUUGGACCAGAAACAAACACUUUAUCAGUGGGAAAUUUUUUUCUAAAUCGUGAAUCAGCGGCGAUGUUCGCUGCAACAGAAAGUGAAGUUUUAUCGGCUUCUCAGACGAUUAGUUCGGGACAAGUGGACAUACCAUCCAGAAAAAUUUCGGAUGGAUUCGCAGCAGUAAACAUCCAGCCGAAAUCGGAUGAAGAUAGAAGUGAUAUUGUUAUUUCAUGCAGUACUACAGAGGAAGUGAGGAACUCAGCCGUAAAUCAUCUAAUGGCAGAUUUUAGUCAGUUCAAUAUCGGUGACGAAUCGUGA